AUGCCUUCUAUCUUCUCGCGUUGUGCGCAUCGAUUAUCUGUUCGUCUACGACGUCGUCAGACAAAUCCAGAUUCGGAUCUCGGCAUCGAGUAUGGACCGAGACCAUCGAUUUCAUCUCGAGGCGAUGCACCUUCCCAUCAUCAACACCACCACCAACAACAACCAACGCUGAAUCGCAGUUAUCCGUGUGUUUAUGACGGAAGUCAGUUCACCGCUAUGCGUUCAGCUUCGUUUGCUGAUGGAGCAUUUCCUGAUCAAGAUAUGGAUAUUCCGUCGUCAGUGACACAAACCCGUAGUACGGCAGUGGUUGGGCCGCAUACUGUAACUGACCAACGUACUGUGCAAACCGCUGGGAUUUCGAAUGGAGAUGUCCAUUUCAGAGGUAUGAGUCGUUCGUUCCAUGAGAACGGUAACGUUUUCGGAGUUACUGCAUCAAAGAGGAACCCAUCACCGGUGGGUCGACGAGCAAGCACAGAUAUUCCACCACCUACGUAUACUGCUCAUAGAAGGAGCGUUCAAACGAGCGAUGGUUUGAUUUCCCAUUACUUUGGAAAUGUUAUUUUGAGCCUUGUCAGGAAUGCAACAGUAUCUAAUUUGAUAUCUAUCUUCAUAAAAAAUACUUAG